CCGUGGCCCACACCCCUCCCAGCCGCCGGCGGCUUUGGGGCCCCGGUGGGGCGCAGGGGGCUGAUUAGCCGAGGCGCAGGGGUGUGGCCAGCGGGGCCCCGGGGAGUGAGUCACACGCGCCGCUCGCCCAGUCCCGGGGCCCGGCGCGGCACCAGCCUGAGCUGCCGCCCUGCUGGGGGCCCGCACGGGGUCCCGGGGGCUUGGCAUGAGGACCCGGGGGUGCCGAGGGCGGGGCCGAAGCCCGGCGGUGGCGGUGGCCGUGGUGGAGGGCGGACAGAAUGACUGAGCACGUAAAGGAGUGCCUGGCCCAGAGCAGGGCGGCCAUGGGGGACAUGGCGCCGGUGGUGAAGACGGAGGCCUGCUCGCCACUCCGCGACCAGGACUAUGGCCAGCCCUGCUCUAGGAGACCAGACCCCUCCGCCAUGGAAGUUGAGCACAAGAAACUAAAGGGGAAGCGAGACCUCCUGAUGCCCAAAAACUUCCAGCAAGUGGACUUCUGGUUCUGCGAGUCCUGCCAGGAGUACUUCGUGGAUGAGUGCCCGAACCAUGGCCCCCCGGUGUUUGUGUCCGACACGCCGGUGCCCGUGGGCAUCCCGGACCGGGCGGCCCUCACCAUCCCGCAGGGCCUGGAGGUGGUCCAGGAGGCCAGCGGCGAGAGCGACGUGCGCUGCAUCAAUGACGUCAUCCCCAAGGGCCGCAUCUUCGGCCCCUACGAGGGGCAGAUCGCCGCCCAGGACAAGUCAGCGGGCUUCUUCUCCUGGCUGAUCGUGGACAAGAACAGCCGCUACAAGUCCAUUGACGGCUCGGAUGAGACUAAAGCCAACUGGAUGAGGUACGUGGUCAUCUCUCGGGAGGAGCAGGAGCAGAACCUUCUGGCCUUCCAGCACAACGAGCACAUCUACUUCCGGGCGUGCCGGGACAUCCGGGCUGGGGAGCGGCUGCGGGUCUGGUACAGCGGCGACUACAUGAAGCGGCUGCACAGCAUGUCCCAGGAGACCAUCCACCGGAACCUGGCCAGAGGAGAGAAGAGGUUGCAGAGGGAGAAGUCUGAGCAGGCUCUGGAUAGCACAGAAGACCUGCGGGGCCCCAUUCAGCUCCCCGUGUUGAGACAGGGCAAAAGUCCCUACAAGCGGGGUUUGGACGAGGGGGACGCGCACCCCCAGGCCAAAAAGAAGAAGAUUGACCUCAUUUUUAAGGACGUGCUGGAGGCCUCGCUGGAAUCCACAAAGGGCGAAGCCCGCCAGCUGGCCCUGAGCACCUCGCUGGUUAUCAGGAAAGUCCCCAAGUACCAGGACGGCGCCUACAGCCCGUGCGCAGCGGCCGUGACGCACGGCGUGCCGAGCGGCAGCCGGACCCAGGGGGAAGGGGACUGGAAGGCCCCCACGGGGGGUCCCAAGGAGCCAGGCCCCUUGGAAGACGAAGAAGAGGAGCCUACGUCAUUCAAGGCCGACAGUCCCGCCGAGGCCUCGCUCGCGUCUGACCCCCACGAGCUCCCCACCACGUCCUUUUGCCCUAACUGUAUCCGCUUGAAGAAGAAGGUCCGGGAACUGCAGGCGGAACUGGACUUGCUUAAGUCUGGAAAGCUCCCCGAGCCCCCUGUCCUGCCGCCCCAGGGCCUGGAGCUCCCCGAGUUCUCAGACCCUGCAGCCUCAGAGGGCGCCAUCUGCGGCCCCGCCGCCCUGGAAGACGACGACCAGGAGGUCGAUUCGGCUGACGAAUCCGUCUCCAACGACAUGGCGGCUGCGGCCGACGAGCCCUCCAAGCUGUCGUCGGCCACGGGGCGCAGGAUCCGGCGCUUCAAGCAGGAGUGGCUGAAGAAGUUCUGGUUCCUGCGGUACUCGCCGACCCUGAAUGAGAUGUGGUGCCACGUGUGCCGCCAGUACACCGUGCAGUCCUCGCGCACCUCGGCCUUCAUCAUCGGCUCCAAGCAGUUCAAGAUCCACACCAUCAAACUGCACAGCCAGAGCAACCUGCACAAGAAGUGCCUGCAGCUCUACAAGCUGCGCAUGCACCCCGAGAAGACGGAGGAGAUGUGCCGCAACAUGACCCUGCUCUUCAACACCGCCUACCACCUGGCGCUCGAGGGCCGGCCCUACCUGGACUUCCGGCCGCUGGCCGAGCUACUGCGCAAGUGCGAGCUCAAAGUGGUGGACCAGUACAUGAACGAGGGCGACUGUCAGAUCCUGGUCCACCACAUCGCCCGCGCGCUGCGGGAGGACCUGGUGGAGCGCAUCCGCCAGUCGCCGUGCCUCAGCAUUAUCCUGGACGGGCAGAGCGACGACCUGCUGGCCGACACGGUGGCUGUGUACGUGCAGUACACCAGCAGCGACGGGCCCCCGGCCACGGAGUUCCUGUCCCUGCAGGAGCUGGCCUUCUCCGGCACGGAGAGCUACCUCCAGGCCCUCGACCGGGCCUUGGCCGGCCUGGGCAUCCGGCUGCACGACGAGAAGCCGACCGUGGGUCUGGGCGUGGACGGGGCCAACAUCACAGCCAGCCUGCGCGCCAGCAUGUUCAUGACCAUCCGCAAGACGCUGCCCUGGCUGCUCUGCCUGCCCUUCAUGGUGCACCGGCCGCACCUAGAGAUUCUGGACGCCAUCAGCGGGAAGGAGCUGCCCUGCCUCGAGGAGUUGGAAAGCAACCUGAAGCAGCUGUUGAGCUUCUACCGCUACUCGCCCCGCCUCCUGGGCGAGCUGCGCGCCACGGCCGCCACGCUGUGCGAGGAGACCGAGUUCCUGGGUGACAUCCGGGCCGUGCGGUGGAUCAUCGGCGAGCAGAACGUCCUCAACGCACUCAUCAAGGACUACCUGGAGGUGGUGGCGCACCUGAAAGACAUCAGCAGCCAGACCCAGCGGGCGGACGCCUCGGCCAUCGCCCUGGCCCUGCUGCAGUUCCUCAUGGACUACCAGUCCAUCAAGCUCAUCUACUUCCUGCUGGACGUGAUCGCCGUGCUCUCGCGCCUGGCCUACGUCUUCCAGGGCGAGUACCUGCUGGUGUCGCAGGUGGACGACAGGAUGGAGGAGGCCAUCCAGGAGAUCAGCCGGCUGGCCGACUCCCCCGGCGAGUACCUGCAGGAGUUCGAGGAGAACUUCCGCGAGAGCUUCAACGGCAUCGCCGUCAAGAACCUCAGGGUGGCCGAGGCCAAGUUCCAGUCCAUCAGGGAGAAGAUCUGCCAGAAGACCCAGGUCAUCCUGGCCCAGAGGUUCGACUCCCGCAGCCGUGUCUUCGUCAAGGCUUGCCAGGUGUUCGACCUGGCCACCUGGCCGCGCAGCAGCGAGGAGCUGGUGAGCUACGGCAAGGAGGACAUGGUGCAGAUCUUCGAUCACCUGGAGGCCAUCCCAGCCUUCUCGCGAGACCUCUGCAGGGAAGGGCUGGACCCCCGGGGCACCCUGCUCGUGGAGUGGCGGGAGCUCAAGGCCGACUACUACGCCAAGAACGGCUUCAAAGACCUCAUCAACCACAUCUGCAAGUACAAGCAGAGGUUUCCGCUCUUGAACAAGAUCAUCCAGGUCCUGAAGGUCCUGCCCACGUCCACGGCUUGCUGUGAGAAGGGCCGCACCGCCCUCCAGCGCGUGCGCAAGAACCACCGCUCCCGCCUCACCCUGGAGCAGCUCAGCGACCUGCUGACCAUCGCCGUGAACGGGCCGCCCAUCGCCAGCUUCGACGCCAAGCGGGCCCUGGACAGCUGGUUCGAGGAGAAGUCCGGCAACAGCUACGCGCUGUCGGCCGAGGUCCUCAGCCGCAUGUCGGCCCUAGAACAGAAGCCGGUGCUGCAGACCCUGGACCACGCGGCCGACUUCUACCCGGACAUGUAAGGGGGCCGGCGCCGCAGAGCUCACUAAG